AUGGAGGGCGGCCACGUCGGCGGGUACCGUUUUCGCGGUGAGUACGUCCGCAGCCCCCGGGCACGGAGCCGGGAUGCUCCGCUCGGCUCCCGCGCCGGGGCUGGCUUGGCCCGCAGCGGCUGCUCCGUGUGCUUCGAGGAGCGCUUCUGCGUCGCGCUGGAGCCCGCCGCGCUCGAGGAGAACAGCCUGCGCUUCGCCGCCUUCGGCGUCGACGGCGCCGACAGGAACGUGCCUGUGGGCGCUGCCGAGCUCAAGCUCUCGGACCUCGACCUGCCCGCGCGGCCCUUCAACGCGUGGCUCUACCUGCAGGACAGCAGCAAGACGGUGGACUCAGUGGGAGAGAUCCUGCUCUCCCUGAGCUACCUGCCCACAGCCGAGCGCCUGACGGUGGUGGUGGUGAAGGCCAAAAACCUCGUGUGGAGCAACGGCAAAGGGACCGCUGAUCCCUUCGUCAAGGUGUACCUGCUGCAGGAUGGGAGGAAGAUCAGCAAGAAGAAGACGGCGGUGAAGAGGGACGACCCCAACCCCGUGUUCAACGAGGCCAUGAUCUUCUCGGUGCCGGCCAUCGUGCUCCAGGUCGGCGCGGGGGCACAGGCGAUCCUGAUCCCUGAACAGCCUCUUUGGUUUCUCUAG